GAUCCUGUCUCAAAAAGAAAAAAGGGCUGAGAUGUGGGUCAGUGGUAAAACAUCCAUAGGUUCAAUCCCCAGAUCAGGAAAAAGAAAGAAAAAUGAAACACUUCAAUUAAAUAUUUUCUGAGUUCCUACUAUAUACCUAUGCAAGGAAUGUAUGAAAUGGGUGGGGUUUCCAUCUUUAAAUAAGUUCCCAGAAAAGUGGGGAAAGGGAUAAAAACAAAUUAUUUUGCUACUUUGUGGUCAGAGCCCUAAUAAAGUUUGGUAAAAGGCACCUAAUGCUGUGGGAAGAUCAUGAGGUUUGGGGUUUGAGGUUGGGGUGGUGGGGGGAGAUACAAAGAAAGUUGAGUAAAACUUCAUGGGAGAGUGAAGUAUAAGUAGAAUAUAAAAUCUGUGCUUGAAACAUUGGAUGACCAGUUCAUGAAGAAUGUUAAAUACUACACUAAAGAAUUUGCUCUUAUCCUAAAAACUAUACAGAGUUGGGGCUGGGGAUAUAGCUCAGUUGGUAUAGUGCUUUCUUCGCAUGCACAAAGCCCUAGGUUAAAUCCCCAGCACCACACACACACACACACACACACACACACACACACACACACACACAAAGGCAAAAGCUGUACAGAGUUGCUAAAUAAUUUAUUUGUAACAAGGGGGGAAUAUGGUCAGAUCUGUAUUGUAAGAAGAGCUCGUCUAGCUGUAAUGGGGAGGAUGAUAGACAUGAAGACAAGGAGACCAGUGAAGGAGAUCCCCUAUAGGAAACUUUCCUUGACAACUACUUCCAUAUUCUGAUCCUCUCAUCUGCCCCCCACAUCUACACUUCCACCUUGCUACUAGAGGUGGAACAUCAUUGUGAACAUUCAGUCUCCUUAGGAGUGUGUAGUCUGUAUGUGUGGAGGGGAGAGUGGUACAGUGAUUGUGACUAAAACAGACUCCAGACAAACCUCACCAGGAGGGCAAGAGACUCCAGGAACCCUCAAGCGCAGCAGCAGCUACUUGGACAAUGGACAAAGGCCAGUUCAGCAAACACUGAGUGCCCACUGAAUAAGGGCAAGAGUAGAAGCUUAAGUGGUCAUUCAACUUCUUUAGCUAUAAAAUGUAUUUCAUUAAAUUUACCUCACCAGAUUUAUUGAAGAUCAAAUGAAAGAGUGGACAUAAAGUCCCUGGCACAUAGGAAGAACCCAUUCUUCCUUUCAAACUGACAGGAGAAGAAAUAUAUUCAGAGUGAAUCAGUGACAGUCAAGGUCAGAUCAUUCAGAGAAGGCUCAGCCAGGAUGAGUUCAAACUGCAGCUCACACAUCUGGUUGUAAUAACCACCAUGCAUUGGGUGCCUUCCACAUGCCUGGCACAUUGCUCUGAUUCUCACAACAACUGUAUGAUGUAGAUAGUCCUAAAACAAUUUUACAAUGGAGAAACUAAGGCUCAGGGCUAAAAGGGCCCACAUUGCCCAGGUCACCUGAGAAUUAAAGGCAAGAUUAGAGAAUGUCAAGGUUCAGGCAGAUGGGCCAGAAGCAGGCAUAUACAGAGUGAAGGAAGGCAAGGAGGAUGACACAAAGUUCUAAGACAGAAAACCAAAAUCUAUUUGUUGAAAUCAGAUGGAAGUGGUUCUUUUAAGUAGAGUUUUAGUAAUCAUUUUUCUCUUGGCCCUAACUCUUAAGUACAGGGUAGAGGGCUGGGAUUGUGGCUCAGUGGUAGAGCACUUGCCUAGCAUGUGUGAGGCCCUGGGUUCAAUCCUCAGCACCACAUAAAAAUAAACAAAAUAAAGAUAUUGUGAACAACUAACAAAUAAAUAUUUUUUUAAAAAAAGAACAGGGUGGGGAGAAUUUAAAGUCUUAUUUUAGAACAAGAUACCUUCCCUCCAGAUUUGAAGUCUCAACAAGUGAGUCUAAGAUAUGUCUGUGGGUCCCCUACAAGUGUCUACCACAGAGAGGGCCUGGCAUGAAUGAACAAGACUAAAUGCAUGAAAAAGAGUUCUGGCAAAUUGAUAAAUUUGAGCCUGUCUCCCAUUCUACAAAGUGGCAAUUAUAAUUAUCUUAUGGGACCAGCAGUAUAUAGUGAUUGAGGGAAUGACCUCAGGUGCCAGGAUGGAAUCCUGGUUCUGAUAUUUACUAGAUGAGUAGGUAAGGUACCUUCUGUUUUCCAUUGGAAAAUGGAGAUGUUAAUAGUGUCUACUUCACAGGAUUUUUAUGAAGAUUAAAUAACACAUAACAUGUAGAAAAGUGAGUGGGAUAUAGUGGGUGCUCAGAAUGUGUUAAUUAUUGCUUUGAGGAUUUAAAUGGGAAAGGUGUGAUGUUAACCUUGUCUAGUUCAAAAUUCUCUACGCACUGCUUUUGUUCCCUCAUUCUCGGUUCUUGUGGAAUAGAAUGGUCUUUGCAAAGGGAGCCAGGGACCAGCUUGGGGAAGGAACCUGGGAGUUGAUUUCUGGGAUCAACCCUCUUUGUGGGAAGACCCAAGGCUUGGGCAGAUCCUCUCUCCCUAUGCUUUUGUUAGUCAAGACAGAGCGCCCUCUCCUGUUCAAAUGUGGGAACAUCACUGGCCCAGAAUUUUCGGGGUGAGCCUCACAGGGUCUCAGAGCCUGCAAGGUGCUCUUCCCCAGAAUGAAAUGCCCCAACCAGCUCAGAGGAGCAAGGUUUGGAGGAGGGGCGCCGAAGCUGGGGCAAAUCAGCCUUAAUAUUUCAGAAGGGCGAGACGGGAUAAUUCAUUUAGGAUGUGGGUGGAAGACAGGAGAAACUGGGGUCAGGGAAUGACAGAAAUCUGGGUCCUGUUCGAUUAAUUUUAUGUUCUUUCAACAGGUGAUGGGGACGCGGCCGAGAGGGCCUCCUGGUCAGGAUUCCUCCCAGGUGCUGCGGAUGGAGGCGUGGGGUAGCCUUGGAACCCCAUAGACUAGUUUCGAAUCUCAGCUCUGCCAGUUAUUAGCCUGUGACUUUGAGUCUGACAAGAUGUACCAGGUCCCACUGCCACUGGAUCGGGAUGGGAUCCUGGUUCGGCUCCGCUUCACCCUGGUGGUCCUGGUUACGGUCUGCUGUCCAUUUAUCGCCUUCCUCUUCUGCAUCCUCUGGUCCCUGCUCUUCCACUUCAAGGAGACAACGGCCACACACUGUGGGGAUGUUCUCUGCGGCCUCCCAGCCCUUGGACCCCGAUGGGACUGUGUUCCGGCUCCGCUUCACAGCCAUGGUCUGGUGGGUCAUCACUUUCCCUGCGUUUGGCUUCUUCUUCUGCAUCAUCUGGUCCCUGGUGUUCCACUUUGAGUACACAGUGGCCACUGACUGUGGGGUGCCCAAUUAUCUACCCUCGGUGAGCUCAGCCAUCGGCGGAGAGGUGCCCCAGCGCUAUGUGUGGCGCUUCUGCAUUGGCCUACACUCAGCACCCCGCUUCUUGGCGGCCUUCGCCUACUGGAACCACUACCUCAGCUGUGCCUCCCCGUGUCCUGGCUACCGCCUGCUCUGCCGCCUCAACUUUGGCCUCAACGUCGUGGAGAACCUCGCACUACUAGUGCUCACCUAUGUCUCCUCCUCUGAGGACUUCACCGUCCAUGAAAAUGCUUUCAUUGUGUUCAUCGCUGCUUCCCUCGGUCACAUGCUCCUCACCUGCAUUCUCUGGCGGCUGACCAAGAAGCACACAGUAAGUCAGGAGGAUCGCAAGUCCUACAGCUGGAAACAGCGGCUCUUCAUCAUCAACUUCGUCUCCUUCUUCUCGGCACUGGCUGUCUACUUUCGACACAACAUGUAUUGUGAGGCUGGAGUAUACACCAUCUUUGCCAUCCUGGAGUACACUGUCGUUCUAACCAACAUGGCGUUCCACAUGACAGCCUGGUGGGACUUCGGGAACAAAGAGCUGCUCAUAACCUCUCAACCGGAGGAAAAGCGAUUCUAACACCUCUGCUGCUGGGAGAAAGUAGCCCACUGCCUAGAAACAAGAAACCACUCUUGCCUUCCCCAUACCUGUGUCCUCCUGGGUCCUUCUGAAAUGGGGGAGAGGGAAGAAGGGCAGAAGGGCAUAGGACAAGGCUGACCCAAGCAUCGCAGGCUUCUCCUCCUCAACCCUCACACAGCCACAGGGGCCUUCAAGUAACGUCAAUCUAAACUGACAGGCCCCAAGAAGCUGAGCUGGAAGGAGAGCUCUACCACUUGGUGCUAAAAAAAGUUCUGAGGUUUAUGACCACCAUCCAAUUUUUGGUUUUUACCUAGCCACCUCUCACUGAGGUUAGGGACUGCUGAGCAGUGGCUGCAGCUUCAAAACCAUAGCCAUUUCUCUCCAGGUCAUUCACUUGACUAGUAUCUGAUAAUCUUCCAUGCACAUUUAGGCCUGUGGCUGUAGUCCCCUGCUGGGUUUGUCCAAGUGUUUUAGUCCUGACUUCACUUCUUUAGUCUGGUGUGGGCCCUAAGGUGUGUAUCCUUACCUAUCUGAGCCUCAGUGUGUCCAUGUGUAUGAUAUGAGGAGGUGGCAGUGUGUGAUCUCCAAUGGCUCUGCCAGUGUGGUUCUGACAUCAUCUGAUGGAAGUGGUCUAUACCUGAAGGAUGACCUGUUCCAGAAAAAGCACCAGCACAGCAUGUGUUUCUCUUCCCUUCUGAAAUCACUAGCCUAUGUACCCUUCCUCCUUGCAAAGAUAUGGGGUAGAGGGAUCAAGAGGCACAGUUCCCUACCACAACAUGGGCUCCCUGGUGUAUAACUCCCUAUUACCCCAGACCCUGAGCUCUUCUGGUUGUACAUUUUAUUUCAAAUGAAAAUAAAUUUUUUUUUCUUUUGCCAAUAA